AGGAUCACACUUUAAACAAGAAGGACUUUAUUACAAAAUUGCCCUUGAUACAUUUUACUUCUUAUAAACCUGGCUAGGGUUUCCUGCCUGCCUUCUUCAGCCGACUGCUGUUCUUCUCCAGAGACACCACAGGUAAGAAUCAAUGGCACCACAACAGAGGAAGCCUCAUGUCUGCAGGAACCCUGAUUUGAUCAGAGGUGUGGGCAAGUAUUCACGGUCUAAAAUGUACCACAAAAGGGGUCUAUGGGCCAUCAAGGCCAAAAAUGGAGGUGCUUUCCCCAAGCACGAGAAGAAGGCUGCUGCUGCUGCUCCGGCUGAGAAGCCACCAAAGUUUUAUCCUGCUGACGAUGUCAAGAAACCGCUUGUCAACAAACGCAAAGCCCGCCCCACCAAGCUCAGAGCUAGCAUUACUCCUGGAACCGUGCUGAUUAUUUUGGCCGGGAGGUUUAAGGGGAAAAGGGUUGUUUUCUUGAAGCAACUUACAUCUGGACUGCUUUUGGUUACUGGCCCGUUUAAGAUCAACGGUGUUCCUUUGAGGAGGGUGAAUCAGUCAUAUGUGAUUGCCACAUCAACCAAAGUUGACAUCUCAGGAGUAAACGUGGAAAAGUUUGACGACAAGUAUUUCGGAAAGAAAGUUGAAAAGAAGAAGAAGAAAGGAGAGGGCGAGUUUUUCGAAGCAGAGAAAGAGGAAAAGAAUGUGCUCCCACAAGACAAAAAGGAUGACCAGAAAUCAGUGGAUGCAGCAUUGAUAAAAUCUAUUGAGGCUGUUCCUGAUUUGAAAAGCUAUUUGGGUGCGAGAUUUUCACUCAAAGCAGGCAUGAAACCUCACGAGCUCGUCUUUUAGAACCAACUUUUUAAUUAUGUUUGUGUCAACUCUAGAUUUAGAGGCUGCAUUGUGUCGGUUUUUGAUGGUGAUCAACACUGAAACACUCUUUCUUCUUAAUUGUCGAUCGCUACUGAAUUUUGGAAUCUAUAUAUUUGUUGUUAAAUUUUCAUAUUCAGUCUA